AUUAAAGAACCCGCUGCAUGAGAAUUUAGUCCUCCGGGUUGACGAUAGAUAGACCUAGUGAACGGUGUCCAAGGAAACACAUGGAAUUCAAUUCAUCCGCCUACAUUGAAUAUCAGAACCAGAACCAAUGCCCAGACACACGAGUAGGAAGUUGUUAAUUGCUUUAUAUUCUUAUAAUCGCCCACUGUUUAUGAAUUCUGUAAAUUUCUAUAAGAUGUGAAAUAAAUUUUGAAAAAUUAUUUAAUUCAUUUAAUCAAUGUGUGCUCCAAUUGUGCUUUUACUAAAUGUUGCCAUAAAUUAUAAUAUAUUAUUUAUAACAACAAUUGUUGUCAAAUUUUAGAUUUUUUAAAAAAUUAUAAUACAAAAUAAUAAUGGCAACUGUCAAAGUGACAGAGCAAAAAGUUAUUCUUUGCGGUGAAUACGGCGUGGGAAAAACGUCAAUUUUCAGGCGAUUUGCAAAUAAUUCAUUUGUUAAUAACAGUGACAGAAAAUCUACUCUUGGAAUCGAUAAUAUUGAUAAAGAAUAUGUUGUUGACGGUAGACGAAUACGUCUGCAAUUAUGGGACACAGGGGGCAUGGAACGAGUAGCAUCGGUUACAUCAAGUUAUUAUAAAUUUGCAGAAGCUGCUAUUUUAGUAUUUGCACUAGAUAAUUCCACUUCAUUUCAUCUUCUCUCUCAACAUCUUCUCGAUAUAGUCACCUACGCUGAAAAUGCAAAAAUAUUUCUUUGCGGAAAUAAAAGCGAUCUUGAGGGAGGAAAUCCACAAGUUACAGAUGCUGAAAUGGAACAAUUUUGCGAGCAAUGUCACAAUUUAAUCUCAGCAACAUAUAAAACGUCGUGCAAAUCCGGAAUGGGUAUAAACGAAAUGUUCGAAGAAAUUGCACAGCAUCUAGUUGAAGCUAAUCGAUCUCGAAUGGACCUUCACGAUAUGGAUAAGGACCAUUUUAAAAUUUCUCACGCUGACGAGGCUACCGAAUCAUCUUGUUUAUGUUAAAAGCUGAUUUUUUUUGUCUUUUGCCGUUACAACUUCUUUGCUCAAAUGCUUGUAUGAAGACCGAAAACACAAAAAUGGUGCAGUAAUAAAAAAAAAAGAAA